UCAUAGUAGCAUCGCACACCUGCAUGGUCCUCACCAUUCGUGAGCUUUCUCCCCUAGCUAAACCCCCCUGCAAUCUUCCUAGUCGUAGCGUCCUCGCGCCGUGCUUCGUUUUGCUCCGCGGCGAACUGAAGAACUGUGUUGCCGGCCUGGGGAGACGCGCAGCCGAACAGCAAACGGCACCAGGCAGGAACUUUCAGUAUAUGCAACAAAGUUCUUUCAACAACAAUAUAUGCAACAAAUGGCCCUGUCCACGUUCGAUGCAGUCUCUGCAUCCUAUAGGAAUACCUCAUCAGUAUUGGCUGCCCAUAAAUAUCGAAGAUGGCACAGGAGACGCACCUGCAGCCAAGUUCGGUCGUCGCAGGAACCGCCAAAGUUGCAGUACAGGAAGCUGGGAGAUUCAGAUCUCUUUAUCAGCGAGUUAACACUUGGAACAAUGACUUUUGGAGAACAAAGCACAGAGAAGGAAUCACAUGAUAUGCUCUCUUAUUCUUUUGAUCAGGGCAUCAACAUACUUGACACCGCAGAAAUUUACCCAAUUCAACCCAGGAAAGAGACUCAAGGGAGGACUGAUCUAUAUAUAGGCAGGUGGAUGAAAUCUAAGCCACGAGAUAAGGUAAUUUUGGCAACCAAAAUUUCUGGUUAUUCAGAUCGCACUUUUCUUCGAGACAACGCAGAAGUGGUGCGUGUUGAUGCUGCCAAUAUAAAGGAAAGUGUCGAAAAGAGCCUUUCACGAUUAUCUACAGACUACAUUGAUUUGCUUCACGUACACUGGCCAGAUAGGUAUGUGGCACUAUAUGGUGAAUUCAGUUAUAAUUCAACCAAAUGGAGGCCAAGCGUCCCAUUUGAGGAUCAACUGAAAGCUCUUCAGGAACUAAUUGAUGAGGGAAAGGUACGAUACAUCGGUGUUUCCAAUGAAACCUCGUAUGGAGUAAUGCAGUUUGUACAGGCUGCAAAGCUUCAAGGACUCCCGAAGAUUGUGAGCAUCGAAAAUGGUUAUAGCCUACUUGUGAGAUGCAACUUCGAAGUUGAUCUUGCUGAAGUUUGCCACCCAAAUAACUGUAACAUCGGUCUGCUUGCCUACUCCCCACUGGGCAGCGGUGUUCUCACUGGAAAGUAUCUUGAUGCCAGCGUUGGUGAUGCCAAGAGUUUCAGGCUAAAUCUCUUCCCCGGAUACAUGCAGCGUUACAACUCGCCUUUGGCUCAAGAAGCAACGAAGGAAUACAUCAAGGUUGCGAAGAAGCAUGGGCUAACCCCGGUCCAGCUUGCCCUAGGCUUUGUCCGUGACCGCCCAUUCACAGCUAGCACCAUCAUCGGAGCUACCACCAUGGAUCAGCUGAAGGAGAACAUAGAUGCAUUUAUCAGUGCUCCACGGCCUCUGCCGUCGCAAGUUGUUGAUGACAUUGAGACUAUUUUCAAGCGAUAUAGAGACCCAGCAGUCCUCUAGAUGUUUUUUUUAACCUUUUCCUGACACAAGGAACAACAAAUUUCAGGAUCCACAAGACCCUGCAAAUGGUUCAUGUCAUAGGACAUACAGCAAUUAGCCGUCACUGUAUAUUGUUGUUUUGGAAUCUGAUUCAAUGCUUAAUAGUUCGGAAAGUGUAAAGAGAGUCACAUUCUUUUACCUCUUCUCAAGCUGUCUGUAUAUAUAUUUAUUUUUAAACGAGGAUAGUUUACAAACUUA